UCGAUAGUGUCACCCCUAAUCAACGUCCAAGCAGGGUAAAAAAACUGCGACUGCUUGCGAGAUUGAGCUCUGCCAUUGACACACUCGAGCAGAAUGCUACUUCGAAACCGCCUAUUCAUCAUUUUAUCACUUCCAUCUUCUCCUUUACCUUCUAGAAAACCUCUCCCACCUACCUUCUCUUUCAAUUACUCUACCCUCAAAUCUCCUAACCCCAUCCCAACACCUCAUGUCUCUGCUUCAAAGGCUGCCAAACCGUCAACCUCUGACGCCGCUCGAUUCGCUCGGACCGUGCUCUUCGUCCCACCAGGGGUCGACCCCGAUGAGGUGACAGAGGAUAUGGUUUUGCCAGGUUCCAACAUCGUUCUAGGACCCUAUGCGGGUCAUUCACAGAUUAAGGAAGUGGAAUUCGUUAAGAGCAGCAGUCAGGCCAGAGAUUGCCCCAGAGAUGACCUGCCCGAGUUUGCCAUUCUUGGUCGGUCGAAUGUGGGCAAGUCUUCACUUAUUAAUGCUCUGGUUAGAAAGAAGGAAUUUGCUCUAACAUCGAAAAAACCAGGGAAGACCCAGUUGAUUAAUCAUUUCCGGGUGAAUAGAAGUUGGUAUAUUGUGGAUUUGCCUGGUUAUGGGUUUGCUAAAGCCCCAGAUUCUGCUCGAACGGAUUGGUCCUCAUUCACUAAAGGAUAUUUUUUGAACAGAGAAACUCUAGUUGCUGUCCUACUUCUUAUUGAUGCAAGUGUUCCCCCUCAAAAGAUUGACCUAGAUUGUGCUAAUUGGCUCGGACGCAAUAAUAUACCAUUGACUUUUGUUUUCACAAAAUGUGACAAAAUGAAAGGGGGAAAAAGAACAAGGCCGGAUGAGAACAUUAGGAAUUUCCAGGAGCUGAUCAGACAAAACUACAGGGAACAUCCCCCAUGGAUCAUGACUAGUAGUGUCACUGGAUUGGGCAGAGAUGAGCUUCUCCUACAUAUGUCACAGCUAAGGAAUUACUGGGAUCAAUAAGAACAUGGAGUCAAAACUACUGCCCAAUGUAAGUUAUCUGUAAAAUUAUGCAUGAAAAUCCAGCUAUUAUAUGAGAUGUUUACAGUUCCCACCCCACCCCCAGCCCCAAAUUUUCCUGUUGCAUGUCAUUUCUUCUAAAGUUGUGUUAAAAUAAAAAAAAUGGGGACUACAACUUGCAGUGUGCUGGAGCCUGGAUGUAACAUUCUUCAUUUGUUAAUAGAGGUGAAUGACGUCUUACAGUUCUUAUUCAGA